AUUCAGGGAUUUCAGUCGCUUGUUUCCUCAGAGAACGCAAUCGCUACAGCCGGAGGACACGGCCCUCUCGUCCGCAUGUGCAGUGUCUAAAUUAUUCCGCCGGGCUGGAUCGACGAUUGAAACUUUACCGCUAGCGAUCUUGGCGUUCUUUCUCGUAUCGUCGACGAGCAUGCAUAAUGAGCAACCCUUUGGGGCGAUUUCGAAGGGAACGGUCAGUCGUCGAAACGACGAGGUUGCGGCGGUACCUAAAAAAGAAAAAAACAACAACGUUGAGCUACCUGUCCGUUGCUUUUUUUUACCGAGCGCAUAGUCGGCGAAGUUUAUCUUCGCGAUAUUCGUCGACGUUUCUGGCGCUUGCGCGUUUGCCGUUUUGCCGAGGAAGAUCGGGCUUCAGCAACCCUCGCUUAAACGUUCCAACGUUCCAACAUUCGCAACUCUGUCCUGCUGAUUUUCUCGCUAUUUUUCUUUUCCCGUUCUUGUCAUUGACGUCAGAAAUAAUUAAUACCGGAAGCUAAUAUAUCAUAUCAAGCAUAUGUAUAUUGAUGUACACUCAGUGAUGAAGUGAUCGUUGGCAGUCAAAACGCGAAGCUACAAGAUCGAGGAUCGCGACAGGUCGUUGAAAUUGAGCUUUGAGCUCUGAUUCGCCGAGGAUGGAUUUGAUGAAGAUCGAGUUGGGUUGGAACAAGUACAAUAUGUGGAUGUUAGGCGUCUGGCCCGAGCCGACCAAGACUUCACGAGCAAAGCAGCACCUCUCGAAGCUGAUCUUUUGGUCGACGUCCACCAUCGCGUUGCUGUUCGUGUGCCUGCCAAUGAACGCGCACUUGUUCAUCGUGCCCACAAAUCUGAACGAAGUGAUACAUAAUCUGUCGGUGAACGUGCCGACUUUCUUGGCUUUCGUCAAACAGCUGUUCUUGCGAUAUCACGGGGAAGGUAUUUGCAUGCGUUUUAAUUUCGUGUCCUUCUAGUCAAAGCAGUCCCUUGAUUGGCGGAAACGUAAAAGUGCGUCUUAGUAAUUCUGGUAGUUCAACAUCUUUAAAAUUGAGUGUUUCAAGA